CCAGAGAAAACAUCUCAGAAAUACACCAAUAGAUGAAAGGACUAUCCCAAACUGAUAUAUUACUUUGGAAAUUACUUCCAGUCGUCAUAUUUCUGUUUGUGCAGCCAUACAAACAAGCAUUAGGUCACUAUCAUGCUCGGAGAAGCUUCCCUUUAUGUUCUGAACUGCACAGAAGACGCCACAAAUCAUGACGGAUACAAUCAUGCACACUCAUCCCCUCCUGUGACCUGUCCUGAUGCAACAAACGCCACUGCCAGACCAUCUCUGACACCCCGAACUGUGAGAGCUGGCAGACCUGAAAGCAUGAAGAAAGCAGGACAGUGCCGUGCCUCUGCUCCCAGUAAAGCCAUGCCCAUUCACAGCUGUAACGCGGAGGAUCGCUUGGGCAUGCCGGCACAUUGCUCCUGGUGCUGUCCCAGCUUCUACAAGGACUAUCCGGAUCUCCGGCUUGGUGGUGACCGGCUGGAGCCCUGGAGUCCUCAUAACCCAAACCCGGCAGACGACGGGCCGCUGCUUCAGUCUCAGGACCUGAGCUCUCUGGAGCCCUCUCUGAAGCCAAGCCAACAGGCGGAGGCUGUGACCCAACAAGACGAGGAGUAUCUAGUCAUGGAGUCUGCUCACAGCCCUGACUGGCAGAAAAGGCUGACAAACUCCAUGCUGAACGGCUAUCUGGAGGUCCAAAUGCUGGAAGUGUUCUGUCAGCACAUGCAAAACAUGGCGUGCUGUGGCUCGUCGCUGCUGGGCCCUGACGUCAUGCCAACACUGGUGCCCACCAGCCUGAAUGUAGCAGACAGAGAGCAGACAACCAGUCGGGCAGAGGAGCUGGAUUCUUCAUCCAGUAAUGUUGUGCGUUACUUAAGCACUUGCUCAGCUCCAGCCACUUCUAACUUCAGCUCACCUGUACUCCGAAUCUCAGAAGUGGAGUAACACACACAAAAUGUUCUAUGCUGCACGCCUGCAUUUUGACCAUCGCAUUAAUAUUUCAAGUUAUCUCCGUUGCUAAAGGAAUGUUCUGCAUUCAGUGCUGACAGCAUUUGUAGCAUGUUGAAUAGGCAUGGGCCAGUAUAAUAUUCUGACGAUAUGAUUUCCUUAGAUAAAAAUAUCAUGGUAUUGUGAUUAAAAUGUGUUCUUUUUUAAUUUCUGGGUAAAAAGCUACAUCUUUUUUCCCCUUUGAACAAAAAAUAUUUUAUUUUGAGAAACUUUUUAAAUAUUUUGGAGCAGCAAACAUGUCAGCCUAAAUAAUUCACAUGAAUCAUUGGCUUCUGUUGUUUCAAAAACACAGAUUUCUUAACGAUUUCAAACUGCAUCUUUGGAUGUAUUGUCUGCUAAAGAUUCUGUUUUCCUAAAAAACAAACAAAAAAAGUAAAUAAAAAAUCUUCCACAUACCUUAGAAACGGUAUAGCAGAACAUUUCAGCUUUUUUAAAACAUUGAAAUUUACCUUGAGAUACCUUGAAAGCGGUUAUCAUCCCAUGCCUAAUGUUGAUUUCCAGUAAAAAGUAUUGACUCAUGCCAGCAUGUCUUUUAUGGAGGCUGCAUUUAUUUGAUCAUUUGAUAAUACAGU